GUGCAGCCAUUCGUUUCCCAGCACAACAGAACUCGGCUGAAAUGAUUUGCUAGCGUCGUUUCCCUUCCCCCUCCGACUGACAGAGCGCCCCUCGGACCUAAGGGCCUAGACCAAAGGGCCCCAAGGAUUCCCUUCGAUCCAAAACCAACACACAUCCAGGGUUUCCACAGCGUCGCGUUAUUCUCUACAGUCCCGUCAACGACAAAAAAAAAAAGGUCGACCAGAUCGUGCGAUCAUUAGCGACAGCGCCCCGUCUGCAAGACUCCCCUGCCUCUUCCCGUUUACACACAUGCGAUGAACGCCUCAUCGUUUCGACUUGUGUUGGCGGCGUGCCUUAAGUGGGCAUCGAUCGGGGUGACAGCAGCAGUAGAACCUCCAUCGGAUACAUUGAUGUCGAAAAUACGAAUUGAUGCUGCCGCCGAGCGGGUAUUUCCGAGCGCCCAGGUUGGCGCACCUUGCUCAAUUGUCACUGUUGAAGGCCUCGGACCUCUAGAUGGCGAUUAUGCCUUCCUCGAGGACCAAGCUGACACGAUCCAACGUAGACCAGCCUGGAUUAGCUCGUCGGAAAAAACUGGUGGGCAUAUGGCGCUGGAAUACAACGAUAUCCAAGGGGUGUGGACGAUAGGCGGGGCUCACGACCGGAGUUCCGCGUUCGUGCAGGUCGACUCAGCCCUUCCUCCUGCGCACAGCUCGAUGUGGAACGUUUACAACGGCGAUUCGUCUGAUUUUGAGAGGGUCAGCAACGCUGUCACCAUCUCAUGUCCAGGCAAGACCUUCGCCGGCGACUUGUAUUUUCAUCCUGUUGCCAGGGUGAACCGAUCGGGGUCGGUUUCUGUAUCGACACUCCCGGCCACUCUCGCUGAGUGUAACGGACCGUACCGCCUUCAGGCCGCGAACAUCCAAGUAGAGGUCUUCGCGUGGUCACACGUCAACGAUGAGCGCUGCACGAUGUUGCACGACACGUCUGGGAACUGCGUUGUCACGAUGGAAAGCCUAGCCACCAUUGCCCGAACUUCCUCGGCGGCCGCUGCAGCCCGUGGCGCCCUCGUUAGCGAGGAAAGGUGGGCCCACAUACUUCGAGACGCAGACAUGUUUUCAUCCCUCGGAGGGGAUGCCAAGGUGAUAUGCACAUCGGCAGGGCACACCACGCGCUUGGUUUUGGACCUGGUGGAGCCUGAACACACAGCAGUUGUCCCACUACCGAAAACUGCCGGCGAAGGAGGUGUUGAUGGUUCGGUCGCGACGGCCACGUCAAGCUUCAAGCUUACAUCCGAACAGAACGGUUCAAUCGUCAGUUCUUACCACAGCUCAUUCCACGUUCGAUUCUCACAAGCAGCAGGCCUGCGACGGAUUGGCACGGUUGAUGGCGGCACGGCCGGGUCUGAGCUUUUGGAAACAGUACCACGACGGGUCAAGAUAUCGGUCAACGGCGUCGAGGCAACGACAGUGCUGGGCAUCGUAAGCAUCGACGGCAUUAGGGAAGGGACAAACGUGUUCGAGUUUUGCCUCCUCGAGAAACAGAUAGAAGAUCCGGAGCAGGGGACCCGGCCUGCAGAUGGGGAGGUUUGCAUCGCCCAGACCUCGCUCAUUAUCGAAGUCUUCUCCGCGGAGACACACGUAGUCCGGCGCAGACCUUCACAGGAUGGUGCGCUUUCCUCCAGAGCCCCUGCUGGCGGAACGCAGGGCGGGGAAGGUGGCAUCGAGCCCCGUCGUAUCGUGUUUGUUGUUGAUCUUCGGGUCAUGGAUGGCUACAACCUCAGCACGCUCCACCUGUCAAAGAACAUGCCCAGUGGUUUCCGAGCAUCUAUGCUGGACCUAUCUUGUGCAUCCGGGGACCUACCUGUGAAGGAUUCGUUCGAGAGGCACGCUGUCGAAGUCUUUCGUCUGUGCAUCAAGCCACCAAUCGAGAUGUGGGACUCGGCUCAGCGGCAGGGCAGCACUGUGGUUCGGCUGUUGCAUUCCGCCCUCGUGGGCGCGGCAACGUGGGAAAAUGUCACGUCGAGACACCCCGACGUCGCGCAAGCACUCCUCGAUCUCCACCGCCACCUAUCCGCCUUCGACGUGCUCGUGAUGUCAAACGGGGGCGGAGACAACGACGCGUUUCUCCUGCAGGCAGCGCGGUUGGCGGGAGUGAGCACUCGCGUGGUGCUCCUCGGUGCUGGUGCUAUCAGCAGUCACGCGUCUCCGCUGUUUGGUGGGGCCACCAAGCUCAUCGGGCCGUCUCACUACGUUGCGCACAACCCUACCGUUAGCCGAAAUGAGCAAGGCUUGUCGGUCAAGGUUUGCCAACCGGUGAUGGACGCCGUGGGAGUUCUAAACGCCUCUCGUUCGUGCCACUUGACCAACGUGGAAGCCCGCGACGACUCUGAGAAGGUCUCGGUUGGUCAUCCCCAAUACCCGGAAAAGAGCUUUGGAGAGGAUGAAGGCGGCCGAGCUGGCGUCAAUGGCGGAGGAAGGGUUUCACCCCCGCCCUCGAGGUUUGUCAUGGUCGGCCGAGUUGUGCCCGAGAAGACACCGGGUAUGUUUGUGCGUGCCGUGGCGGUACUGCAGAGGAGACUACUGGCGGAGGGCGGCGGAAGGCGAACAGAAGCUGUCGUCGUAGGGAACGGCACUCUGCUCGAGCCGAUGCAGGGCCUGGCCCGGGACCUCAAUGUAGCCGUAAGGUUUACGGGGUUCCUCUCAACAGAGGAAGUGCCCUGUGAGGUUCAAAAGGCAACCGCUCUCGUUCUACCCUUGACUGGGCCUACAGCGUUCGAGAUGGUUGGACCUGAGGCCAUGCUCCUGGGCGUGCCGCUGGUGACGUUCGGGUUUGGGGGAAGCGGCGAGCUGGUUCGUCACAUGGAGAACGGCAUCUUGGUGGCCGAGCCCACUCCAAAGGCAUUGGCGGACGCCCUCGAGCUCUUGGCUGGAGACGUGGUGUUAAGAGAUCGCUUAGGAGCCCAAGCUCGACUGGACGCCCUUCAGGCGCUCUCUUUACCAGAAAUGGUUGCUUGUUUUGUGGAUGAAUUCGGCAGCUUCGCGAACAACAGAAUCAGAACUAGCUCGACAUAG